GAUUCGGAUCUGUGCUCGGAGCUUGUCAGCUAGGCUACAUUAUGCCAGUUCAGGUUGUGGCGUCUUUGUAUGGAAAUCCGCAUAGCUGGAUUGCAGGCUGUUUUAUGAAAAUAUACCUAGUAUUUGUCGAAUAAACUACCGGAUACAAAUCUGCUCUAUCUACUGAGUCCACGGAGGGAGAAAAAAACUAUACAUCUCCUGAUUCAAUUGCCCGGAGAAAGAGGGAACUUCGGCUAUUGUUUUGUUCUAAAAAAGUAAAGAAGACCAUUGCAGAUCUGUCUGUUGGAUAUCAUCUGCAUUCUAAGGACACUAAUAAUUCAGAAGAACUAUCCAUUGGGUUUCCUGGAACUUGCCAUUGAGGCAUCGAGCACCUCCCGCCCCCUCGCAUCAAUUCCGAAAUACUGGAGGCUUUGGCAACAGCAGUGGCGACCUGCAGCAUUGGAUGAGAUACGGGAUUCAAGGAAGACUGGGGAUAGCCUGCUUCCUGACUUGGCCACAAUAGAAACCUGUUUUGGACGAUUUCUAUUGCCCCCCACCGUUCACCUAACUCGGUUAGAUAAGAACGCAUCAACUCGUUUGUUCGGUUGUGCGUUAAAAAAAAAGUGCCUUGGAUAUCUUCGUGAGAUCUACUCAUCAAUCUACUGUACGGACAACGAUUCGCGGUGCGUAGUUCAGAAGCCGUUGGAAUAACUACAGGGAAGUCACGAAUUGAUGCUUUCCGCGUCGGCUCGCAUUCAUUCAUUAGUUUGAAAGUAGUUCCACAUCGACAUCGGUUCUCAAGGUAUUCCUAACAUACCUGGUCUAAAUCAUUUGGAGGGAGUUGAUCCAAUCCACUAAGGGGAAGCUGUCGCAGAAGUUCCGGGGGGUGAGUUGAAGCGCCAUGGCGAUGUUGGCGAGCGUUUGGAUAGUCCUCCUGGCUGUCAACAUAGAAGCUGGAGAUGGACAGAGUGUCCAGAUGGACUCCAUUAAGUCAGGCUUCGUGGGUUCCCAGGUGGAGCUGCGUUGUAUCUUCGUUAACUCCAACCCCCCGGUCAAGAUCUCUCAGGUCACAUGGCAGAAGUUCCUGAACGGCACCAAACAGAACGUGGCCAUCGCCAACCCCUCGCUGGGGGUGUCCGUGCUCCCGCCCUUCAAGGAGAGGGUAACCUUCAAGCAGCCGGCGGUCCGUCACCGCACCCCGUCUCUGGAGGAUACCACCAUCAUGUUCUCCAACCUGAGGCUAUCUGAUGAGGCCGCAUACAUUUGCGAGUACACCACUUUCCCUGCUGGGAACCGAGAGAACAUGGUCAACCUCACUGUGUUUGCGCGACCUCAGAAUCAUAUGACCUUGACCACGCCCACCAUCGUGGCCCGCCCCCAGAAGCGGAAGAUGACCGUGGCAACCUGCCUCUCGGCGAAUGGAAAGCCUCAGAGCGUGAUCAAGUGGGACACGAGGCUGAAGGGCGAAGCCACGUUCCAAGAGACGCAGAAUGCCAACGGCACGGUGACCGUUAGGAGCAACUACGUGGUCGUGCCGAGCAGGGAGACACACAGACAGAAACUCACCUGCAUCGUAACCUACCGCGACGAGAGGAUGACUGACAGCAUCGUGCUCAACGUGCAGUAUGAACCGGAGGUGAAGAUUGAGGGCUUCGAUGGUAACUGGUACCUGAACCGUCAGGACGUCAGCCUCACCUGCAACGCUGACGCUAACCCUCCUGUCACCGUCUACCAGUGGAAAGUGGUGAAUGGAUCUCUUCCCAGCACCGUGGAGAUUCGUAACAACUCUCUGAUCUUCAAGGGGGCGGUGACCUAUGAGCUAGCAGGGACCUACGUGUGUGAUGCCACCAAUGGGAUCGGGACUCGUACUGGCCUGGUCCAGGUUAACGUCACUGAAUUCCCUACCAACCCGCCACCUGGGGACCGUGAGAUCCCGCAGGAGCAGCACAAUGCGGGAGCCGCCAUCGGGGGCGCCGUGGGCGGGGUCGUCCUGUUAGCUGCUGCCGCCACCCUGCUCUUCGUGUUCCUGCGCCGCCGCCAGCGCACCUUCAAGGGCGACUACAGCACCAAGAAACACGUGUUUGGGAACGGCUACAGCAAGGCCGGGGGCCUGUCUGCUCACCCUCCCAUCCCCAAUAACCUGCAGUACCCAGACGACUCGGAGGACGAGAAGAAGCCUGCCCAGAUCGCUGUGACCGGAGGGUUCCAGGCAAGCCAGUGUGAUUUUGACAGAGACGCGGAGGACUUGAAGAGGUCCUAUUUCACGGUGGACGAAGGAGAGAGCCGAGAUUACGACAAACAGACUCUGGCUUUCCAGUACGACCCCGAGCCGGAGAUAGCCGACGAUAUGGUGUCCCAAACCGAUGGCUCUGUAAUUUCAAAGAAAGAGUGGUAUGUGUAGGGGCAUGCAACAAACAACCAAACCAAACCAACCUCCCGUCCCACCCCUCUACCAUCCCACCACCACCACUACCACCCCCUCACCUCCAUUAACCAACCUCCCGUCCCGUCCCUCUACCAUCCCACCACCACCACCCCCACCCCCUCACCUCCAUUAACCAACCUCCCGUCCCGUCCCUCUACCAUCCCACCACCACCACUACCACCCCCUCACC